CGCCAAGCAUCUCAGUGGGAAAUUCAAAAGAGUGCGUGGUUUUGGACAGUUCUCCAACACAUCCCCAUUAACGCCCUUUUCUUAUUGUAUAACGUCACUUACAUAGAGAUUCAAGAUGGCGUCUACUGUGAGCGCCGCUGGAAAUGGCGGGAACCAUAGCUUCAAGGACAAGGAGAAGCCCAUGGCCGUCCGUGCGGGUAAUAUCAUGGCAGCUAGAGCUGUUGCUGAUGCCAUAAGAACGUCAUUGGGACCAAGAGGGAUGGACAAAAUGAUUCAAACUGGAAAAGGCGAAACCAUAAUUACGAACGAUGGAAACACGAUGUUAAAGGAUAUGGCUGUUAUGCACCCUGCCGCAAAAAUGCUGGUGGACCUUAGUGCAGCACAGGAUGUGGAAGCUGGCGAUGGAACAACCUCUGUUGUUGUGAUUGCAGGGAGUCUAUUGGGGGCUGCAGAUCGGUUAUUGGGGAAAGGAAUACAUCCAACUGUUAUCUCUGAAUCUUUCCAGAGAGCUGCGGCCGCGGCGGUGCAGAUUCUUAACGACAUGUCACACCCUAUAUCCCUUUCAGACCGAGCAACUCUUCUCCAAGCCGCUUCAACGUCCUUGUCCUCGAAGAUCGUCUCUCAAUAUUCAAACCUGCUCGGGCCCAUUGCCGUUGACUCCGUGCUAAAAACGAUAGACCCCAAAACAGCUGACAAUGUCGACCUUCGUAAUAUCCGUAUUGUGAAGAAAGUUGGAGGCACGAUUGAGGACUGCGAAAUGGUGGAUGGUUUAAUAUUGCAUCAGCCGGUCAUGAAAAGCGCUGGCGGCCCCGUCAGAGUUGAGAAGGCCAGAAUUGCAUUGAUUCAAUUUCAACUAAGCCCUCCCAAACCAGAUAUGGAAAAUCAAAUUGUCGUCAAUGACUAUCGACAGAUGGACAAAAUCAUUAAAGAAGAGCGCAUGUAUCUUCUCAACAUGGUAAAAAAGAUUGCCAAAACCAAGUGCAAUGUGCUUUUGAUUCAAAAAUCCAUCCUUCGCGAUGCCCUGAACGACAUCUCCCUUUAUUUCCUCUCUCGCGUGAAGAUCAUGGCUAUAAAGGACAUCGAACGUGACGAAGUAGAAUUUCUCUGCAAGAGUCUGGGCUGCAAACCCAUUGCCAACAUCGACUCAUUCACAGAGGACAAACUCGGAACCGCAGACUUAAUCGAGGAAGUACAACAUGUCGGAGCCCGCUAUACCAAGGUGACCGGCAUCAGAUCAGCAGCCGCAAAUCAGACCGUGUCUGUCAUAGCCCGCGGCGCAAAUAGCCUCGUUCUCGACGAAGUGGAGCGGUCCCUCCACGACGCCCUUUGUGUGAUCCGAUGCCUAGUUAAGAAGCGUGCCCUCAUUGCUGGCGGCGGUGCGCCCGAGAUCGAAAUCGCCCAAGCUUUAUCGAAACAAUCCCGCGCUCUCACAGGCACGGAAGCGAUAUGCUGGAAAGCUUUCGCCGAUGCAAUGGAGGUUAUCCCCACCACCCUUGCAGAGAAUGCCGGAUUGAACGGCAUCAAGGUCGUCACAGACCUCCGUCACCGACACGCUAUGGGAGAGAAAAAUGCCGGCGUGAGCAUCCGAAGUGGAGGGGUUAAGGACAAUAUUGCGGAUGAGAAAGUGCUGCAGCCGCUACUUGUGAGCACGAGUGCGAUUGAACUUGCAGCUGAAACAGUCAAAUUGAUCCUACGAAUUGAUGAUAUUGCUCUCUCUAGGUAAAGAGCGAAAAACACAUUGGUCCUGUGAAAGUUUUUAGCCUGCGCUGGGGUAAAGCUGGGGGGUUAAUGUAUAUGCCAAUGCAAAACAUAUGACUGGAGAAAGAGUUGAAAAGCUGUGUUUAAUUAUCCGAUCCACCUAGAAUAACAACAUACAUCUCAACCCUCUUGCCAUUGUCGUGGACUUCCAACAACGAACGAAGUAAGUUCAUUCAAUGUAAAUCGACUUGGUGAUUUCACCCCUCUGCAUUCCCCAAUUCCUACCGAAAUAUAUGUUACUAUUUGCCAUCAGCUAAAGUUCAACGUAAUAUGCUUUUAUCUCAAACACUGCCUAUCGAGUUCUUACAGGUGAACUGUUCUUUUCUUCUCUUUUUAUUGUCUGCCUAGCAUACUCAUUACGCGUAAUAAAGAUGCUCACUCAUGGCAGUCUAGAGCCAUUAGAUCACUCCCCCAGAGAAAAAUUUCGUAACAGGAGUCCGCUAAAAAGCCAAAUCAGGAGCAUACCUAGACAUAAAUAUAUUUGCACAACUCAUAUCCAGGAGGGGUAUAUUGUCGCGCAGAGUGAGAAUAAAAGGGGAGAUUAGUCUGGAAGCUGAGAGAAGUACGUACCCACCACAAAUUGAGGACCAGCUGGGUUACCCCCUACAGGUAGUCAUUUCUUGUGUCAAGCAAUCUGAGUAAAAGGGGGAUUUCUAGAACAAUGAAAGGGCGUGCCUUGUACUAGCGUACAUAGUAUUCAUAGUGAACGAAAGGCCUCAUGCCAUUCUCAAGCUGGGAUAACUGACUGAAGGAAAAUAAAAAUAAGUCGAAAACAGGCAAAACCGAUCAAAUAGAACCUUGGACGAAAAGUACAAUAAAAAUAUAGACAAGUCAGUGACAUCGUCACACGUUAUAAGAACAGGGUAGUAAGAAGGGGCCGCCGCAUCGCUCACUCAGUCAUGGGGGAAAUAGGGAAGUCCAUAUGACAGGAGACGUAAGAAAGAAAAUUGCCCGUCAGAUCCCAUAGAAUGUUCAACUAGCAAUCAAUGGCAAUCGGGUAAUGGCGAGACUUGCAAAGAGCGCGGUAACAACACAGAUGGCGCGAGGUCGGCUUCGCUCCUUUACUGAUUUCCGUGGGAUACCAAGGGUCAUCGGAUUCGGCAUAUCAAGGUGGAUGAGCUCCUCUAGGCCCAGCAGCUCUUUAGUAUAAUUAGCAGCGUAGCUACCAUGGCGUCAUAUACGUCCGCAUCUUGGGUGGUCGGCAGUAUUAUAUUCAUUGCAUUUAAAAUCUCCCGUUGAGUAGUUGAUUGCCUAGAGUGUGGCAGGUGCUUUCUAUUGCGCGCUCUCUAAGCCUCGAUAUUUCCAGAUACCUAGAUAGUUCGCAAUAGCAUGAAUGUAGAUUCAGAUUCGUGGCAGGGCAUCCAGUUCCAGCACCUAGUGUUCAAAAUAACCGAUCAAGC